CUGCAUUACUCUGACCAUGUCAAAAAACUUUAAAAGGAUAAGUUUGCUUGGUCAUCGACACAGCAGACCUAAAGCUGCGAUCACGUUAAGGACAUAUCAGCCCACCUAUCGUUUGGAGCCGAAGAAGAAGUUCGAUAGAGACGUGGUCCAAAGGAUCGUGGAAAGGAUCCUGGCAGAAGAGCUACAUGAGGUAGAAUACACUGAGAAGGCGGAAAAGUUGAUUCCCGACUUGUGCUUGACACUGGCCGAUACGAUACGGACCGCCGUGAAAGAAGAAAACUAUGACAGAUACAGAAUAAUAGUGGCGGUGACGAUCGGGCAGCGGCGGCAGCAGGGCGUCCAGAUCUUCCACUCCUUCCUCUGGGACCACGAGCGAGACUCACUGGCGUCGAGCAACUUCGAGAACCCGCACAUAUUCGCCAACGCCGUUGUCUAUGGGGUUUAUUUAGACUAGUUUGAAGCAGCAACAGAUGCUGAAUGGGGAAUUUUUGUUAUAGGUACUUA